ACCGUCGCCUCUCUUGGGUUUUGGCGAUGCUUCUCAUUGGACGUCAACACGCGACCAGCUCGAUGAGGAGGGCUCCCAGGCGCGUGGCGCUUUUUAAACGGACGCCGCGUCUCGAGACACCAUAGUAGGAGUCCCACACGCGACCCUCAGACUGCGUCAUCAAAAUAUCAGUGCGUACCAUCAAGGACUUUUCAUCCAUCCACUGAGCCUCUGUUUGACUUUGCGUAACUGUCGCGCCUUUGGAAACAUGGAAGUCCUCAAUGUGGACGAUUGGUGCAAGGACGCGUUGGAGGCGGUCGCAGCGCUCGGGACGCGGCAGCACAGCUCCAAAGUAGCGGACAGAGAUGGGCAGCGGGAGCUGGAACUGGAGGAGACCCACUACCAGUCAGGCCUGACGCUUGUGGACAGUGCCACUGACCCACGCGUGUGGCUGGCUUCAGUUCAGCCUCCGGGCACCUGCGCGGCACACGCCGACUCACCUGACUAUCUGAGACACUCACCCUGCCCGAGAACGAGUUCCUACCAGGAGAGUGGCUCCCCGGUGUCCUCGGGUCAUCCCAGCCCUCCCAGCUACAGAAAGUCGGCCAAGAGCCCCUCCUUUUCCUCACUCAAACUCAGGGACCUGUGCCGCCUCAAAGGCACUAUCCCCGGGUCUGAAGAGGAGGCAGCCACUAGACAGAGAGCCUCGUCCAGCAAAACCGUAAACGGGGUCCAAAAACAGAGACGCGUCGCGGCCAACGCCAGAGAGAGAAGGCGGAUGCACGGCCUCAACCACGCGUUUGACGAGCUGCGCAGCGUCAUUCCGGCUUUGGACAACGAUAAGAAACUCUCCAAAUAUGAGACUCUGCAGAUGGCGCAGAUUUACAUAAACGCACUGGCCGAGCUGCUCCAAGGUCCAGCUUCUUCUAACAGCAAUAAAGAUACCUCUAGCAGCAGCAACAGCAACAACUCGCCAAAGUCUGACCUUCUGCUUUCUGCCGCCGUUGGCUUUGACGCAGCCAAAGACAGAGCGUCUUCGUCCCCCAGGACAGCACCUGCAGCCGGCAGCUUGCCUGUCCACAUCAGCGGGAGUCCUUAUCGCUCCACCUUCGACAGCACUUCCUUUCCAGCCUUAGUUGAAGAAGCGAUGUGUUCUCUUUCUCAUCCGUCCUCCUCAUGGUCCAGCGGCUGUUUGGCACCGAGCGCAGCGAGAAAAGAGUCUCCGCGCAGCGACGGAGAGUUUUCCCCGCACUCCGACUUCAGUGACUCGGAUGAAAUAGCCAUGGAGCUGCACUCGAGUGAAGAAGACGACCUGUCAGAACUCAAACUGCCCAGCCAUCACAUCCAUAUGUCCAAAUAAUGACGGAAUCACCAAAACAUGCGUAAUUUAAACUUCGCUCCAAACUAACGAGUCCAUGUCGCUGCGUGUCAGCUAAAAAAUCAAAUUAUGUUUUCAAAAGCUUAAGCUUUAGCUUUUUUUUACCAAUACCAACCUGUUACUUAUGCAUAUUUUAACGUGACAUAGCCCCGAUUCGGUUCUGCCAAUAUAUGUACAGCCUAUAAUCUCUACAGUUUCCAUGGAGACGUGGCCGGAAGACCCCUGUGCCAUGUAGCCCUCAGCACUGCCAUGGGUAUUUCCCACGUCAUUCCGACCAAAAAAAAGCUGUCUUCCAUAAAAUGCUAACCUGUUUAUAUUUGAUAAUGUACAAAGAUGUUAUAAAGUAUUUUUUCUUUUGCUUUACGGUUUCAAUUUGUCAUCUCCUUUGUAUAUUUUUGUUUUUGCAACUUCAAAAGUUCAUAAUGUGCACUUUACACAGUAAAUGAUGACGAGCCAGAGGCUCGAGAAUUGUAGUUUCCGAACCGUGAUGAUUUCAUGUGUUUGUGAUAGCUUAGAACUGCCAACUCUGUGUACAAAUAGCCUUAUUUAAGGUAGCCAUCACUGCUGGCUUCUUUUGUACUUUUGUUGUU